GAGGCGGCUGGACUACGUGAACCAUGCCAGGAGGUUGGCGCAGGACGACUGGGCUGGGGUGGAGAGCGAGGAAGAGGAGAAGGCAGGGGAGGAUGCGGAGGAAGAGGAGAUGGAUGUGGAUGCUGGGAAGAAGUUGCCCAAGCGCUACGGGAAUCAGCUGAUGCUGUCAGAGUGGCUGGUGGAUGUCCCCUCAGAUCUGGAGCAGGAGUGGGUUGUGGUGGUGUGUCCUGUUGGGAAAAGGGCACUCAUCGUGGCCUCCAGGGGCACAACAGCAGCUUACACCAAGAGUGGCUUCUGUGUCAACAGGUUCCCAUCCCUGCUGCCGGGGGGGAACCGGCACAACUCAACCGCUGAGAAAGUGUACAGCAUCCUGGACUGCAUCUACAACGAGGCCCAGCAGACCUACUAUAUCCUUGAUGUGAUGUGCUGGAGAGGACACCCCGUUUAUGACUGCCAGACUGACUUCAGAUUCUUCUGGCUCUCCUCAAAGCUCCAAGAGGAGGAAGGGCUGGGAGAGAAAAGCAGGAUUAAUCCGUACAAAUUUGUGGGCUUGCAGAACUUCCCCUGCUCCUCGGACAGCCUGUGUGAGCUGCUGGCUACAGACUUCCCCUUCGAGGUCGAUGGGCUGCUCUUCUAUCACAAGCAAACCCACUAUACCCCCGGCAGCACCCCACUGGUGGGCUGGCUCCGGCCCUACAUGGUGCCUGAAAUCCUGGGGCUCUCCGUGCCUGACACGGUGCUCACUGCCAAACCAGACUAUGCUGGGCGGCAGCUCCAGCAGAUCAUCGAGAGCAAGAGGAGUAAAAAACUGGCAGAAGAGAAGGGUGACCCGAGCAGCGCGGCGGCCGUGAGCAAUGGACAUUAUGAGCUGGAACACUUGUCUACCCCUCAGCCAGAAAAGUCUCUGGAGGGCCAGGAAGGAGCAGGGAGCCAGAUGGAGAGUUAG